CAUCAGUUCCCCAUCAUCAUACAAAGGAGGAAGAAGCGGGAGCCUUUGUUGGAAGAGAUGAUGAUGGGCCUGGGUCCCCUGUUGUUGGUCUUCAUGCUGGGCCUGGGUCUGACCCCGCCAACCCUGGCUCAGAAUGACAUCAGGUACAAACACUUCCUGGACCAGCACUAUGAUCCCACUCCAAGUGGCCGGAAUGGCAGAUACUGUGAUACCACGAUGCGGAGACGAGGCCUCACUUCACCCUGCAAAGAUGUCAACACCUUUAUUCAUGAGAGCAGUAACAACAUCAAGGCCAUCUGUGAAGAUGAAAAUGGAACACCUUACAAAGGAAAUUUCAGAAUAAGCAAAUCUCAUUUCCAGGUCACUACUUGCAAGCUUAUAGGAGGGUCCUCCCGGCCUCCCUGUCGGUACAGAGCCACAGAAGGGCCCAGAAACAUUGUUGUUGCCUGUGAACAAGGCUUGCCUGUCCACUUUGAUGAAUCCGUUUACCGUCCAUAACCAGCAGGCGCUCCCAGAGUUGGCUCUGCUCUCCAUGCCUUGCAUUUCCCCUACACACUCCAGAACAGUGGCCACAUUCAUUGCCAG